GGACGACCUCGGACGCUAUGUGAACGACCAGCACGCCUCUCCGAUCGCUUGUAGCAUCGAACGCCACGAACAUGAUGCUGGCCGGGCGUCUGGCGUCCUUCUCGCAUGUCGUAUUCGGCAGCCAGCGAGUAAUGAAGACUUGUGCCACGCUGGGCCAGGCAGCAGGCACAGCCGCCGCGUAUUGUGCCCUCAGCGAUGUGAAACCCUCAACUCUUGCGAAUGAUGCAAGUAAUUUAUGCAAACGCGCACAUGGGACCUGACUACUACGAGCUCGCUGUGCAGAGGCGGUCUGGAGCAUUCAGCAGCAGCUCCUUCGUGACGACCAGUACAUUAUUGGUGUAUACAACGAAGACCCGAGAGAUGUUGCACGUAAGGCAGAGGUGACUGCAUCAAGUGAGUGGAUUGAGGGAAAAUACAACGGAAGUGCGGCACAGGUAAAAUGAACACACGCGAAGACACGCAUGAGUCGCCCUUUGCUGCUCGUAUUGCUCUUCCGAUCAGAUUCUCAGCGGUCAGACUCGCGCCGUGUUCGGUAAGGGCGGUGUUCACGAUUCCCAGCAAAUCGACGGCAUCAAUAGGUGGGUGAGCAAGAAGGUGCCUGCAUGGAUCGCACUUGACUGGAGCGAGUCAAUCAAGGAUAUCUCUCUGGUGAGCGCUUGCCAUAUACGAGCACAGUUCACUCGGGUCGCCUCCAUUGUAUGUGGCAUGGUGAUAUGUGGUUGCAGGUGGAGCUGGUGUUUGACACGGGCAUGCAUCGCACCCUCAUGCUGUCGCAGAUUGCGAGAAAUCUGCAGAAAAUGGUGUGGGGCCGUCCGCAGCCUGAGACAGUCAAGAACUACGACAUCCAAGUUCGACUGGAUGGAUCGGACACUUGGCAGAAUGUUGCCACUAUCGAAGGCAAUUAUCUUCGGAAGCGUGUGCACAACGUUGCCGAUGCUGUCAGGAAGGUGGACAAGGCAGGCAAGGGAGUAGCGCCGCUUCGCGUCUACGUCAGGGCGACCAAUGGGGUGGAGCAGGCACGCAUAUGCGAAGUGAGAGUGUAUGGCAACGAUGGAUUGGAAAAGUUUCCUCAGCCUCCAGAAGGUACGUCUACACAGCGGGAGCAGAAGACCAUCAAAUGUGUUUCUUUCCGCUUUAAGGCCUCAACAUCAAUGCCGAGAGACUCGUUUUGCUGUCCGGGCAUGCGAGGGCGCUGUAGCCCAGUUCGCCAUCCACUGUGUGGAGCUACAGAUCGCAGAAAUACUCUGUUUUUCAAUUAUUCGUCCAUCCAUUGGGCUCUCAGGUGCCGGCUGCCAUUGGGCGCCAUGCAUCCAUCGAUAAGAUCGGUAGGAACCUAUCCGCCAUCGCCCCAGGCGACGUGAGAAUGGACCCACCCAACUUAUGUUGGCAUGGCGUGGCGUGGUGCACGUCUACCGAGAGACACCUAGCAGGCGAUGGGUCGUAUCGUGGUUUGCGUCUA